UUUUAGAGUCAUAAUACCAGUUGUUUCAGUGCCCUAAUGGAGGUUGUGUUGAACUCAUUGUAAAACCUCUGAAGGGUUGCCUUUUGUGGUUAACGGCCUACAUUGGCCAAUACAAUUGGAGUAUUUUCUCGGGCUUGCUUAUAGCAGUUGAAUUUAGAACUCAAAGUUGGGUCCUGCAUGCUUCACAGUGGGCUUAGCCUGGUGGUGAUCUUAAAACUUUCUAGGAGUUGAUAAUGCAAAAGCUGGAAGAAAUCAAUCAGCGGGUGAUCUUGAUGGAAAAAAACCGACAAACACGAAGCAAUCUUGAGGUGUCACCAAUGGUAAUGACUGCACAAGACCUGCCCAUGCAAAUUCCCCUGAACACAUUAGAUGAUCUUCAACUCUAUGAAGAACUGUUGAGUGCAGAUCACACUGCUCGUGCUGACUUGGUUUCAUACUUGCGUGGUAUUGGAGGCAAAGAUGGUAAGGAGAGCAUCAUCCACAUGGUGAAGGCCCUUAUUAGCAAGGAUGUAGCCCAGGAAUAUUCUUUUCUUGGAAAGAAGUGCUUCAAGGAACUAAUGAUCUGCAAGUCGAUCACAGUUGCUGCAAAGAAGCUGGCAUUGACUGAGGAGGAAGUAAGCAGUGUUGUGGGGAACUCUCUUCGCUUCUCCUGAGACUGGAAUGGAGGAAGACGUUUACGGAGAAUCCUCUAAGAAGACAAAUUUUUUGUUUGAUUGACGGGUAUCUGUGCUAGAAGAUUUUUUGUAGGACCAUUCUUAAAGCCCCCAGAAAAGUUUAUAUGAUGACACUUUUGUUGGUCCCC